AUGGAUUUUGGCAAGAUGAUGGACGAUGCUGGCAAAGGCUUCGAUGAGUUCGCCAAUAACGCAGGGAAGAGCUUCGAAGAAGCUGGUAAGGGAAUGAACGAUUUUGGAGAGAAUGCGAAGAAGCAAGUGGAAGAAGCUGGCAAAGGAAUGGGCGAAUUCGGAGAGAAUGCGAGGAAGCAGGCGGAAGAAGUGGGCAAAGGGGGCGACAAGUUGGGGAAGAAUAUAUCUCAAACCUUUUCUGAACUUGUUGGAAACGCUUUGAAGCAGGCCGAACAGAUUAUUGUCAACCUGGCCAAGGAGGUCUCGGAAGAUGUGAAAGACGCUCUUGGCCUAACAGAGGAUGCCAAACGCGAGGUUCCGCUUGUGGCCGUCAAAGUAUCAGACUGGGCAUCCAACAUCCUGCCGGAAUUGGUCAAGGCAGCUGGAGACCUUGGUGAGAGUGUCAAGGAGCAAGUCAAGAAGGCCCAAGACUGGGCUGCAGAAAACCCAGAUGCCAUGAUGUACAUCAUGGUUGGCGUGGCGGGUAUCAUCAUCCUCGCGACAUCCGGCUUACUCAUGACACAUGUUUUGGGUGCCAUCGGGUUUGGUGCUUCAGGUAUCGCGGCAGGGUCCAUGGCAGCAGCAAUCCAAUCUGGCAUCGGAAAUGUCGCGGCUGGAAGUGUUUUUGCUGGCCUCACGAGCGCAGCCAUGGAUGGUCUCGAGGGUACAGUCAUUGCAGGUGUUGGUCAAGCUAUUGGAGCGGCCAUGGCGGCGGGUGGUGCUGCUGGUGCUGCUUCGAAGUUGAUGAACAGUGAGUAG